UACUUCUUCUUCAAAGCUCUCUCCUUUACCCUGAACAGAAGAUAGGAGCGAUUUCCUCCUUUAUCUGUUCCCUUCUUCUUCGUUUAUUUCUCCAUUUCUACUUUAUUAGGGUUUCAGUUCAGUUCAGUCCAUGGCGGCGCACUCUCGCUUCCUUCUCCUCCUCCUCCUGUCCUUCGGGGUGUUAACGCAGGCACAGGUCUCUUCGGACACUCUCUCGCUGCUGGAGUUCAAGAAGGGCAUUGCCGACGAUCCCACUGGUGUGGUCCGUAACACUUGGAGCCCGGUGGCAUGGGAUUCUGCGGCGGUGGUAGACUCCUGUCCGCGCUCUUGGCACGGGAUCUCCUGCGACGAAUCUGGCUCCGUCGUCACCGUCGCGCUUAUCGGUCUAGGUCUUUCCGGCGAGAUCAAGUUCAACACCAUUGUUGGACUGAGGGCGCUUCAGAACCUCAGCCUCGCGGGCAAUUCGUUCACCGGCCGCCUCGUGCCGGCCAUUGGGGACAUGACCUCUCUGCAGCACCUUGAUUUGUCUGGAAACCGUUUCUACGGCCCUAUUCCCCGGAAAUUAACCAACCUAUGGGGCCUUGUUCAUCUUAAUCUCUCGUCGAACGGGUUCAAGGGCGGAUUCCCAGCCGGGAUCCAGAAUCUCCAGCAGCUGAGGGUGCUUGACUUGCGGUCCAAUGAGCUAUGGGGGGAGGUGGGUGCAGUGCUCUCGGAGCUGAGGAACGUGGAGCAUGUGGAUCUGAGCAGAAACAAUUUCUAUGGUGAUUUGUUCAUGGAUUCCAGCAACCUCUCGAGCUUGGGCAAUACUGCAAAAUACAUGAACCUUAGUUUUAAUCGGCUAAAUGGGAGGUUCUUCUCAAAUGAUUCUAUUGGGGUAUUUAAGAGCCUGCAAGUCCUGGAUUUGAGUCAGAAUGACCUCAUUGGCGAGCUCCCUUCCUUUGGUUCCCUGUUUAAUCUGAAGGUUUUUCGUGCUGCAAACAAUCUGCUUUCUGGGCCGAUACCUGAGGAUCUAUUUGGCGAUUCAAUUCAGCUGAUGGAGCUUGAUCUCAGCGGGAAUGGAUUUACAGGAAGCAGCGAAACUGUUAGUUCUUCAACUUUGAAAUUCCUAGACCUUUCUUCAAAUUUAAUAUCAGGCCAAUUACCCUCUAACCUUGCUAACUGUAUAUCAGUGGAUUUGAGUAAGAACAUGCUCUCAGGAGAUCUAACGGCAAUGCAAAAUUGGGGUUAUACAUUGGAGGUUAUCAAGUUGAGCUCAAAUGAUUUGGCAGGCUCUCUACCUUCUGCAUUAGGAAGCCACCCUAAGCUAUCUAUAGUUGAUCUUAGUCUAAACAAACUUACAGGAUCUGUGCUUCCAAGUCUCUUCACCUCAUUAACUCUGACAUGUUUGAAUCUAUCAGGAAACCACUUUAACGGUUCAAUUCAGUUUCAAACUUCGCACCCGACUGAAUCAUUGACUAUACCUUAUAAUCAUUUACAAAGCCUUGAUUUAUCUAACAACUCAUUAUCUGGUUCAGUACCUCCUGAAAUCAGUAGUAUGCCAAGCCUUCAAGUUUUACGUCUUGGAAAAAAUACUUUAUCUGGGGAACUGCCUGUUGAAAUAAGCAAACUCGGUGGAUUGGAAGUUCUCGACCUCUCUUUCAAUCAUUUUAAAGGAAGGAUUCCAAAUAUGCUUCAGCCAGAUCUUAAGCUAUUUAAUGUUUCCUAUAAUGACCUUUCGGGUGAAAUUCCUCAAAGUUUGUUGAAGUUUCCAAUGUCAUCAUUUUUUCCUGGAAAUUCUUUGCUAGUUUUUCCCAACCACAUUUCUUUUGGGAAUAAUAACGGUGCUGUUAAUGAAAACAUGAGUCAGCAUAAGCACUCAAAGGCUGGCAUUGAAAUUGCGCUUAUUGUUGGUUCAAUUGGAGCUGUGCUACUGAUAUUCUUCUUGUUCAUCGCAUUCCGAAGGACAAGAUCCCAAGAAUUUUGUCUGAAGAGCGGGCUUAGAGGACAAGUUACUGGAAUGGAUGUCAAGGGUAUAUUUGGGCAUCCCAACAGGUUCAAAGGUUCAAAAGAUGAUCCAUCACCAACUUCAAUCAGUUUUUCAAACGACCAUUUACUAACUUCUACUUCUCGAUCAACAUCUGUGCGGAAGGAUUUAUUAACGGAGUCAAUGGAAUACGGCUACGGCUAUUUGGAUUCCAGGAAUUCUGCUGCGGAACCAUCAUCUGGUCUUUCAAUGAUGGAAUGCAAGUCUUCACCCGGUUCUCCUUUGUCUUCCUCACCUCAUUUUGCUGAUUCCCAUAUAUCUGAGCAGCCGGUGUUGUUGGAAGUAUAUUCGCCUGAUAGGUUUUUAGGAGAGCUAUUUUUUUUGGAUCUUUCUCGAACAUUCACGGCUGAAGAAUUAUCAAGAGCUCCUGCUGAAGUUCUUGGGAAAAGCAGUCAUGGAACAUCAUAUAAAGCAACCUUGGAUGGCGGACAUAUUUUGACUGUCAAAUGGUUGCGAGCCGGUCUAGUCAAACAUAAAAAGGAGUUUGCUAGAGAAGCAAGAAGAGUUGGAACCAUCAGACAUCCAAAUGUUAUCUCAUGGAGGGGCUAUUAUUGGGGUUCCAGUGACCAAGAAAGAUUAAUUGUUUCAGACUAUAUUAUUGGGGAUAAUUUGGCUCUCUAUCUGUAUGAUUCUACAAGGAGCAGAUACUCCAGGUUAUCAGUUAGACACAGACUAAAAGUAGCCAUUGAUGUAGCUCGCUCCUUGUAUCAUCUUCAUAAUGAUAGAAGAUUACCCCAUGGUAACCUGAAACCAACAAACAUACUCUUGACCAGUCCGGAUCUAACGGCAAGACUUACAGACUACGGUCUUCACCGUCUACUAACCCAUAACAGCAUUGCCGAGCAGAUUUUAAAUCUCGGAGCGCUUGGUUAUCGAGCUCCUGAAUUGGCCACAAGCAAACCCUUGCCAUCAUUCAAAGCUGAUGUUUAUUCUUUUGGGGUAAUAUUGAUGGAAUUGCUGACAAGAAAAUGUGCUGGCGAUAUAAUCUCCGGUCAGUCUGGUUCCGUGGACCUUGUUGAUUGGGUCCAAAUGUGCGCCAGAGAAGGACGUGGAUCAGAUUGUUUUGAUAGAGAUAUUGUGGGCUUAGAUGAAGCUCCAAAUGUAAUGGAUGAACUGCUUGCUGUGUCACUAAGAUGUAUUCUUCCUGUAAAGGAGAGGCCUGACAUUCAGACCAUAUUCCAAGAACUGAGUUCCAUAACAAUUUGAUAUUCCUGUACAUGUUUUUUGGAAUUAAUUUGCCAUUUAUUUUUUUCUCUUGGCUUGAAAGCUGGUUUUCCAAUGUCAGUCUAAAAAGACUGAUCCAUUU